CCUUUCCCACACGCACUCAGAAAGCUUGAGUUUGACCGCAAGUCCCACUCUGUGCCUGCGGUGCGACGGACUGUGAUUCCAACCCUCUGAAUCAAAUCGACACGGAGCCGCUGUUGUCUCCACCUGAGUGAGAGACGUUCACACCUGAGCUGGAUCUGUGGAUGAAGUUAUGCGUAAAAAGACGCACCGCUCGUCGUGACGCAGCGUCACCGCUUUGGAUGCACAGCUCUCCCUGAAAACUAAAACCCGAACUGGCAGUGGAUUUACUGAGCCAGUGAGGCUUGUGGAUAUCAUGAGGAUUUUGUACGUGUUUGUUUUGUGCUUCAUAAAUGUGUCAAAUGCCGUGAUCGACUUGACCAUGAUCUCCACUGCGGAGUUCACCAACGUCAACCACUUCACCAUCUCUUGCAUCAAUGGAGGGAACGGCCCUGCCCAGGUUGAGAUGAGCAUCAAGAGAGACAACGAGAUUCUCAAGUUCCCCAAAACGCCAAAGUUUAACGUGCACAAGCCGAGGAACACGGAGAUCACGGCCAGAGAGUUCCGUGAGCUGGACCACAUCGGUAUCUUCUACUGUGAAUCCACUCAGGAAGAUCCCCUGCGCGAGACGGUCACGAUGAUCAACAACUAUGUGGGAGCUAAUUUCAUUCCAACCCACCUCACGCUGACGGCCAACAAAGGAGCGACAGUAAACCUCAGCAUGGAGCUGCUCAGCUCCCAAAAGAGAGACGUCACGUGGAAGUACAACGGAAACUACUAUUACAUGACUCACUGGAACGACAUGAUCAACCGCACCGCUGUCCUGACGGUGGAGGACGCAGCGUUUGCCAAUCAAGGCAUCUACAGCGCCAGCUACGUGGGGGACAGCCCGCUGCACGGUGCCUGGAUGAGGCUCAUUGUCAGAGACUGCCCUGCUAAGAGGUGGGGUCCUGACUGUGAUAAGGCCUGUCCGGAGUGUCUCAACGGGGGAGAGUGUCACGAUAUGGACGGAGACUGUAUCUGCCCCCCAGGAUUCAUGGGGAUGCGCUGCGAGACAGCCUGCAGAGAAGGAAUGUUCGGUCGGAACUGCCAGGAGUCGUGUGGCGCCGAGCUGAACUGCAAGGGGCUUCGGUUCUGCCUACCAGACCCUUACGGCUGCUCCUGUGCCAGCGGCUGGUUUGGCAUCCGCUGUGAGAAGCCCUGUCAUAAUGACAUGUAUGGACCAGACUGCAGGCUGAGCUGUAAAUGCCAGAAUGGAGGAGUUUGCAACCGGUUCAGUGGAUGUCAGUGUCCCAGAGGGUGGAGAGGACCGAACUGUGAGAGGUCUGACCGGGCUCCCCAGAUCUUGGGCCUGGAAACUAACUUGGAGUGGAAUCUCAACUCCAGCCCCAAGAUCCAUUGUUCAGCCACAGGAAACCCGCUGCCCAGCCACAACGGCAUCGAGCUGCGGAAGUUGGACAGCUCUGUGCUCAAGGCUUCUCACACCAUAAUGGACUCAAACAAGAGUAUAGCCCUGUUCGAGAUCCCUCGCCUGAGCGCUCAACAAGGAGGAAUGUGGGAGUGCAGGGUGUCCACCAAUGGAGGCCAGGACUCCCACAAGUUCAGCGUCACCAUUAAAGAGCCCCCUGUGCCCAUUGCUGCCCCCAAACUGCUGGAAAAGAGCAGUAAGCAGCUGGUGGUGAUGCCAGUGGACGCCCACAGAGGAGACGGCCCCAUUAUCUCCACCAGGCUCCUGUACAAGCCCGUGGAGAACGGAGAUUCUUGGUCCUCCAUUAUCGUCUACAGUGAAAAGGAACCAAUCACACUGAUGAACCUGGAGCCUUCGACUCGCUACCGUGUCUGUGUCCAGCUGACUCGUCCUGGAGAGGGAGGGGAGGGGGAACCAGGGCCGGAGGCCAUCAUGGAGACUGACUGUCCCGAGCCCACAGUUCAACCUGAGAUUGACAUCAGUUCGGUGGAAGGCCGCAAUGUCACUGUGCGCUGGCGACUGCCGGGCAGCGGUGGCGUUAAUGCCGGCGCCGCCUCUGGCUUUUUAGUGCAGCUCUUCGGGCCGCCGCCCUACAGUGAGAAGCCGCUGGACGGGACCACCCUUCUCAAUGUGCUCUCCACCAAGUUCCACAGCCUGGAGUACCAGCAAGACUACACCGUGGUGGUGCGCCUCAUCAACUGUGGCAGCCGGGGGCCACCGUCCAAACCCUAUCGCUUCCGCAUCAGCAGCCAGGGUCCGUCGUCCCCACGCAACGUCCAGGCCCUGCCUCUGUCCGUGUCGGCCGUUCAGGUGAAGUGGCAGCCCCCCGAAGAUCCCAACGGAGGCAUCAUCAAGUACAUCAUCGAGUACCAGCCUCUCGGCCAGGGGAGCCAUCACCCGUGGGUGGACACGGACGACGGGAACAAGACCACCAAGGACGUGACGGCGCUGAACGGCAGCACGGUUUACCAGUUCCGAGUGAGGGCUUUCUCCAAAGUGCCGGGAGAGUGGAGCAAGUUUGUUCAGGCGACGACACAAGGGGACGGCCUUCAGAGUUUAAUUCCGACCACCCAGGGUGUGGCCGGGAGGGCCGUGGGGGACAACUACCAGCUGAUGGUGGCGGUGGUGGGCUCGGUGACCGUCACCUGUGUGACCAUCCUGUUGGCCCUGCUCGCUCUGUUCUUCAUCCGCAAGACGCUGCUCAACCGCCGCCGCACCUUCACCUACCAGUCUGGAUCGGGUGAGGAGACAAUUCUGCAGUUCAACUCAGGAACUCUGACCCUGACGCGGAGGCCCAAGCCCACCCCGGAGCCCCUCACCUACCCAAUCCUGGAAUGGGAGGACAUCAAGUUCGAAGACGUCAUCGGCGAGGGCAACUUCGGACAGGUGAUCAAAGCCAUGAUCAAAAAGGACGGAAGCAAGAUGAGCGCUGCCAUCAAGAUGCUGAAAGAGUUCGCCUCGGAGAAUGACCACAGAGACUUUGCGGGGGAGCUGGAGGUGCUGUGUAAACUAGGCCAACAUCCCAACAUCAUCAACCUGAUCGGAGCCUGUGAGAACAGAGGUUACCUCUACAUAGCCAUCGAAUACGCUCCCUACGGGAACCUGCUCGACUUUCUGCGGAAGAGUCGAGUGCUGGAGACCGACCCGGCGUUCGCCAAAGAGCACGGCACGGCCUCCACGCUCACCUCCCAGCAGCUGCUGCAGUUCGCCGUGGACGUGGCCACGGGGAUGCAUUACCUGAGUGACAAACAGUUCAUCCACAGGGAUCUGGCUGCCAGGAACGUUCUCGUUGGGGACAACCUGGUGGCGAAGAUCGCCGACUUCGGCCUGUCCCGCGGUGAAGAGGUCUACGUCAAGAAGACGAUGGAGGAAAUGAUGGAGGUGGUGUUUGUCUUUCAGGGGAGGCUGCCUGUGCGCUGGAUGGCCAUCGAGUCCCUGAACUACAGCGUCUACACGACCAAGAGCGACGUGUGGUCUUUCGGUGUCCUCCUCUGGGAAAUCGUAAGCUUAGGUGGCACACCUUACUGUGGGAUGACAUGUGCCGAGCUUUAUGAAAAGCUGCCACAAGGAUACAGGAUGGAGAAACCCAAGAACUGUGACGACGAGAUCUACGAGCUGAUGAGGCAGUGCUGGAGGGAUCGGCCUUAUGAGAGACCCCCCUUCUCCCAGAUCUCCGUGCAGCUCAACAGGAUGCAGGAAGCCAGGAAGGCUUACGUGAACAUGGCUCUCUUUGAGAACUUCACCUACGCCGGGAUCGACGCCACAGCCGAGGAGGCCUGACCACCAGCCCCCCCAGGCCCUAGCACGCCACGCAGCUCCAAGAGGAAGUCCCGAGGAUGGUCGCCACGCUACAGCCACCUCCCCGGUGCUCAACGCCGAGACAGGAGGACCAGGCGCUCUUUCAAAACCACCCAGCUAUAGAUGGAGGACUGUGAAAGGACACUGUGAGGAACGUGGAGAAGUCAAGAGGCAUAAGGAAGAGUGGAGUACCGCUGGGAUUUGGAUGGAGAGAUUGCGAACCUUUUGGGAAAUAUUGACACUGCCAUUGCAAACCAUUCUCAGAGAAAAGACACAGCAUUGUUCAUCUUACUGUAACAAAGGUGACGAUGCUGCACCCUUUUCUCUGAGUGUGGAAAAAGUGGCAAAAUCAAGGAGCUCCGUGACUUGUUGAAAACACCACCAGGGCCUGUGGGGUGUCGACGCUUUAUUUUCUCUCCAGUGCUUUAAAUCAGGGGUGGGGGAACUUUUACUUUCUAUCAAGGGCCAUUUCAAUUUCUGUAACAUCCUUCGAGGGCUGUACUAAAUUUUUGAAAUACUUAUAUCAUCCUAACCUCUAAUGUGACGACUGGAACUGCCUCUCUUUGGGAAGGCGUCUGAUGUCAGAUGGUAGUGAUGAUGACCAUGUCAGGUCGUAGAGUUAAACUAGAGAUUUCUCUCAGUUUCCUUCAGUGUUUCUGAUGUGGGACAAUUUUUCGAGACUAAUUGACUGAGGUUUCAACCUCGUAGCUGCGCUCGCUCACCAUCAAACUUUCCUACAUAACAUUGUCUCUGUCUCUGUCUCUGUCUCUGCCAAAGACCAUUAACUCUAUCCCAGUGCAUUCAUCUUUUCUAACUCAACCAGUUUAGCUGCAGGUUUCGAGCUUUUAUGACGCUUGAGAUUCGCCUUUUUCAACACUGAAAAGAAGGCACUCUCCCUUUUCUUUUACCUCAAACAAGAAAAUAACCUCUUGGAGAACAUUCCACGUCUACUUUUCUUUUCUCGGUCACGAUGCUUGUCAGCGACGAAACAUAAAAACUACGUGGGUUGCGGCGAUCAGCCAGAAGUGACAACCCUGUUAAGUUUCCUUUUGUUUUCUCCUUUUUAACGCAAAAAUAAUUAUUUGCUAUCAUGGGAAUUUCUUUUGGUUUUUCUGAGUUGCUUCUUUUUUGUUUUUAUUCAUGAACUGCCUCCGCAAAUCGGAUCAAACUAUUCUGCAUAAGGCCGGACGUCCCCCCCCCCCUCUGCUCUGAAUGGAGAAAUACUUUUUUUCAUGAUAAACAUUCAAGUUCUCAGACUGGACGAAGGACAAAAGACAUUUAAUGUAGCACUUAAAUCCAGCCUCAUCACUGCCAAGUGAAUGUAACUACUACUGUUUGUAUUAUACGUAUAUAUACAGAGUUACAGACCGAUAUAAAUGCAACCAUGUGUGAUUGUGUUGCAUCCAAAGCUUCACCAAAAGAGCCGUUGUUUGGAAAGUACUGCUAAUGAAGGUGUAGCACCAUUAUAGUUUAACUUUAACACUAUGCAACCUAACUGUGGCAUGUAUCCAGCACAUAUGAAUGUACAGUAUGUUUUCAUUAAGUGGUUCCUUGAAUAAAGCUCUUGUGUGGUGACUGGACUCAUCACCACAAGUA